GUGGCUGAUGAGAGAGAACUGACUAUUAUUCAAUGAAGAAAUGGCGGACAGGUGCUCUAAUGAAUUCUGAAGAUUAAUCCAUUUAUUUUAGUCUUCUACGCCGUGAUCACAAAGAAAACGAUAUGCUGAAAAUUUCAAAGUUGGACAUAAAUCUGCCCGUGGAACUGGUGAAGUCUUGUGCAACAUUACCAGACAGCCAGUUAUGCAAGUUUGUAGCAACAAAUCAAGAUGGGGAGUUUCAACACAGUAUUGAAGUGAGGAACAAACAAGAUAAUGUAAUCUCAUUGGAGCUGUCAAAUUUGGAAAUCAGCUAUGAAGACGGCAGGUUUGUGGCCCAAAUCAUGCAGGUCUUCAAAGUGUUCCAGGGUGAAUCUAUGGGGCAAGACUCUGCUGCCUCCACUGCUGCCGUCCCAAAUGCCCCACCUAGACCUUCCGAAGGACAAGGGUUCACAAGUCCACAACACAAGAGGGAUGGAAUGGCGGGAAAAAAGAAAACUCAGACAUCGGAAACUUCAUCGUCUAGUGUAUCUGUGUCAGAUUCAGGAAUGUUAAGGACAGCGGAUGCAUCACAAACAGCUGUGAGUCAAAUAUCAAAUAGACCUUUAUAUUCUGAACCAAGUCACCAUCCAGUGCCGGCAGAGGCACCAGUAGAAAAUGUAGUUCUGCCGAGACAAAUGUUUAGAAACGUUCAUGGUGCUAAAAGGCCCGAACCUAGUGCAGCAUUAGGGAGCCCAGUGCAUGAAAGCACACCUAUGGCAUCCAAAAGAAUAAGGAUAGGAACAGAAGAAGAAAGUUCUCCAAGUCAAGCUAGCCAAACAAAUGUCCAGGACUCUUCUCAGCAGCUACCCACUCAAGACCAAAGUGAACAUAGUUUAAUUCAAGGUGACACAAAACCUGAGCUCAUAGAAAUAAAAAUAGAGUCAGAAGGAGAGGACGAUAAAUCAGAAGACACUCGAUCUGACGGACAGAAUCACAGUCAAGAUGCAUUCCUUUCUCAAAGUUUACCUCCUUCAUUUGAUAAUAAUCAAACAACACCUUUUAUUCAAGACUUUUACUCAUUAACUCAAGAUCAGAGUGGUGCAGGACAAAAUUUAAGUUCAGGUGCUUUAUCAUUCCCAUCAACAUCUAGUCAAGCUUUAGUUCCACCUAAUGUUAAUUGGCAGCCAGCAGGUGACAGCAGCAGUUCCAUGGAUCCCCCAGGACAGUCCCCGUCCAAACCUAGAAAUGUUCUCUCUAGCCCUUCUAACAAUCAGUCACGUGGAAGUUGCAGCCCCAAUAGUUUUCCUUAUGUUUGUUCAGUGUGUGGAAAAGGAUUCAGUACUCUGAUUAUCUUAAAUAGUCACAAAACUGAACACUGGUGGAGAAAAGACAAGAACGAGAAGAAUGAAUGUCCUGUUUGCAAUAAACUUUUCUCGAGAACGGCAAAUUUGAAACAACAUAUGAAGCAUGUUCACGGAAAUACCCGAUUUAAAUGUCCGCAUUGUAGAAAGGAAUUGUCACGACACAAUGUUCUUCGAAAGCAUUUUGAGACUUGUAAAGUUUUAAAAAUGAGAAGAUUAACGGGAAAAUCUUGAUCCAUUUAUUAAGUCCUUUAAUUUUAAGACAUUAUACCUAGUACUGGAAAUUUUAGAAUGAUUCGUGUGUGUGCCUACGUGCAUGUGUGUGUAACAAGACGAUAAUAAGGGUAAGGGCAGUGUAGUUCACUAGUCAAGCAUUAUCCUAAUGAAAGUAUUUUCUAUUAUUUGAAUAAUAAAAAUUGAAUCUAUAUGUACACUGACUUUCAAAUGAAAGUUAUGGCAUCUUGUGGUGGUGGUUUUUGUUUGAGUGGCACAUGAUAGAACAUUGGAUUUGGGAUUUUAAAUGCAUUUAUCCAAAAUUAUUUGAACAAAUAAGAUGUUUUUUUUUUAAGUUCGUUAUUAUUCAUGACUUCAAUCUUUGUCCAUCAUACAAAAUGAUAAUAUAUUUAUGAUAAUUUAUUAUUUUUAAAUUCAAAUUCAAAGUAGCAUUAAAAGAAGUCCAAAUUGGACUAAUGUUUUCUUUUAUGUCUUGCACAGUUAGCACUGCUGAGCAUCCACAAGGCAAAAUUUGAUAUAUACUUAAAAACAAAUUUCAUAAUGAAUUAUUUUGUCCCUUUGUAGGUCACUCCCACAAAAACUUCUUCACAAUAUUUGGACAGCAAAAUUCGACCCUAUAUUUGUUCCUUUUGUGGAACGAAAUUCACACAGAAGUCGUCAUUGAACAGACACAGAAACAAACACUUGAAGAAAGAAUACAAGUGCCGUUUCUGUGACAAAACUACAUAUAGUGCAGACCUAUUGCGCUACCAUCUCAGAGCGCAUCACAAAAUCAGUCGAUGAGCCAAGAUUUGUGGUGGCAAAUACUAAUUUUACUGAUUUGGUCAUCUUUUGGGAACUUCUGCAUCAAUUUACUGAAGCAUGUUUUUAUCAAGAAUAUUUGUCCUUCACUAUGUUGAUUUCUCACAAAACUCACUCAGUCAAAUACUUCAUGUUUUUAAGUUUUAUUUUUCUUAGUAUUUGUGUUUGACAAUAGAGACAUUUCUGUUUGGUGGUUCUUGUCCUGAAGCUGUUCUUAUGAAUUGUCAGUCUAGAUUUUAAUUUACUGUCUUCAAUUAUUGAGAUGUAGUAGUUACCUGUAUGAUAGAGUUGUCUUAGUUUUACAAAUCAUUUGUAUAUUUUUUUAUUCUGAAAAGUGUUCUGAUCAAUUUGUUUUCCCCACAUAUGUUCUGGUUUUACUUCUGCAUUGUGUACAAGUCUUCAACACAUUAAGAGUUUUUGCAAAUGUUUGGGAGCAAAUGAAAUGCUGCAAUGGUCAUUUUGAAAGACAAAAAAAUUAAUUGAAGAGUUGAAGACCAGCAGCAUGACAAUAUUAAAAUGUGUAAAUUAUGAA